CAAUGUGGGAAAGAGGUUUGGAACGCACGUCAACUUCCGGUCACGAAGACUUUGAGACGCAGGAUGAGCAUGUGAGGGUUUUUGGGUGGAACGCAAGAGUUUUGUGACUGGUCCGGAGCAGCUGGUCUGAGCUGACAGGUCCAGGAUGGAAUCGGGCACGUGGCAGGUAGUCAGCAAGAAAAAGGCCAUGAAGAAGUCCUCCCGGCUAAAGGAAAAUCCAGCUGGAUCUGAGCGGCUUCAUAACUUGGAUCCAGACAUGGGUUGCUCUAAUGUAAUCAAGCGAAUUAAUGAAACCAUGGCAGAUUUGCGAGCGUCUGACUUUUGGGACUCUUGUCAAGGUUGUCUUCUCAAAUUUCCAGAUAUAUCACCAGCAACUUCAGACGCCAGCAGUAUUAAUGAGGAGCUCAUGAAGAACCUGCACCUUGAGGGCUCCAGGUCUACCUGCAUUUCUCUCCAGUCCUAUGACUGUGUGUGCUAUGGUCUGGGAAAUUUUACGUCCUGUGUUAUAUCUCGACAUCAAAUGGCCUUCUUACUGCUAUUCCUGGAACAAUUUAAGAUCCCCAGACGCCAGUGCUAUGUUUUUGAUCCAGUAUUUUCUCCAUCGGAGAUUGCUGUACUGCAGGACCUAGGGCUGACCGUUUUGCUGACAAACGAAGAGGGUAAGCACGCCGUCCGUAAGCCCACCGUCUUCUACAUGCCGCAUUGUGGAAAGGCGCUGUAUAAUAACUUGCUCUGGAGGAACUGGUCGGGUGAUGCUUUGUCACAAAUGGUCAUUAUAGGCAACAGUUUCAAAGGGAUAGAAGAAAGAUUGGUUUCCAGAAUCCUCCAGAGAGAUUACAUUUAUAUCUAUAAGAGUUUACAGGUUGUAGAAGAAACGUCACUUCCAGAGAGUAUUCACUAUAGCGAUGUUUUCAAUGACACCUCCAUUCAUAGCUUCCCGACUGCAAAACUAAAAUCUUUUCCUAAGGAAACGUGGCAGUCUCAAGAUGAACCUCAAUAUCAAGACUGUGAGGACCUGGAAAUCAUUGUCAGUCCCACAAGAUAGCGGGUGGGCGAUCAAGGGAAGACAUUGCGUGCACCAGUAAAAGGGGCUUCUCUGGAAGUGGGGGCUGGUUCUCUGCACCAGAUGCAUGGCCACCAGUGCACAAACAAGAUGGAUCCCUUCGUACACACAUGAGCCUACAGAGGGAAAACCAGUGUAUGGCUGCCUUCUCCAUAUAUGAAAUUAGUUUAUAAUGUACAUUUUUCCCGUGAACAUACGUCUGAUAAUCUGUUUUAUAUUCUAACAACUUAAAAAGAAAUUAAAUUUAUUUAAAGGGGUUGUCCAACAGAUACAAAGGGGGCAUAAUAGGUAAAAAUAAAGCUAAAACAAGUAAUACCUCACGGAUCCCCCACCACUGCAUACCAAUUCACAUGCUGGUCUCUGCACUGCAGUGGUGACCCGCCUCGGCCAGUCAUUUCCUGCCUGUUAAGAGACACGAGGAGCUAAAGACAAGUGGGACACUUGGUAACCAUAGAAUGGCAGAAGUGAGGGAUCAGUGUGGUGUCAUUACUACUUUUUGUUUUGAACCCAUUCUGCCCCCUUUUUGCAUUUCUUUCAGCCGCUGGACAAACCCUUUCUUUAAUUAGUUUUUUUUUACCUUGAAGUAUUCUCAGUUGCACACUGGUAUUGUCACUGUUCUGUAGAAUGUUCUAUCAGAAAGCAGCGCUGGGGGGGGAGGGUCUGGUGGCUUCUCACCCUGUUGUGAUUUGAUUAAAACAUUUCACUUAU